CUCUCUCCCCUGCUCCGGACCCUCAGAUCCUGGCCUACCUGAGCUCGGCAGACCUGUGGGGGCCCCUGGUGAGGAGAUGCUGGCAGAGCGGGGGGCUUGCCUGCUGCUGGCAGUGGCACUGCUGGGUCCAGGGCCCCGGGCCCAAGCCAUGGAAGGUGUCAAAUGUGGGGGUGUGCUCUCAGCACCUUCUGGAAACUUCUCCAGUCCCAACUUCCCUAGACUGUACCCCUACAACACAGAGUGCAGCUGGCUAAUCGUGGUGGCUGAGGGCUCCUCGGUGCUGCUCACCUUCCAUGCCUUUGACCUGGAGUACCAUGACACCUGCAGCUUCGACUUCCUGGAGAUCUACAAUGGGGCCUCACCAGACAAGGGCAACCUGCUGGGGAGGUUCUGCGGCAAGGUGCCCCCGCCGCCCUUCACCUCGUCCUGGCAUGUCAUGUCUGUCGUCUUCCACUCGGACAAGCACGUGGCCAGCCGUGGCUUUUCUGCGGGCUACCAGAAAGAUGUGUGUGGCGGCGUCCUGACUGGCCUGUCGGGGGUCCUCACCAGCCCUGAGUACCCCAACAACUACCCCAACAGCAUGGAGUGCCACUGGGUGAUCCGGGCCGCUGGCCCUGCCAGUGUCAAGCUGGUGUUCGUGGACUUCCAAGUGGAAGGCAAUGAGGAGUGCACCUAUGACUAUGUGGCUGUGCUUGGGGGGCCUGGCCCCACCCGUGGGCACCACUACUGUGGCAGCACCAGGCCCCCCACCCUCGUGUCUCUGGGCCACGAACUGCAGGUGAUCUUCAAGUCCGACUUCAACAUCGGAGGCCGUGGCUUCAAGGCCUACUACUUCUCAGGACAAUGCCAGGAGGUAUACAUGACCAUGCGGGGCAACUUCUCCAGCCCACGGUACCCCAGUUCCUACCCCAACAACAUCCGCUGCCACUGGACCAUCCGCCUGCCCCCGGGCUACCGGGUCAAGGUAUUCUUCCUGGACCUGGACCUGGAGGAGCCCAACAGCCUGACCAAGACCUGUGACUUUGACCAUCUGGCAGCCUUCGAUGGGCCCAGUGAGGAGGCACCCCUGCUGGGGAAUUGGUGUGGACACCACCUGCCACCACCUGUCACUUCAAGCCACAACCAGCUUCUGCUUCUGCUGCACACGGACCGCAGCACCACCCGCAGGGGCUUCUCUGUGGCCUACAUCGGAGGUCAGCUGGGCUGUGGGAGUGGGUCCACUGAGGGGGAAGGGGAGGCUUUGCAGCCUCAGUCUUUGCAGCCUCUUUCCUCCAUCCCACCAGUUUGUCCGCCCCCCAUGAAUGGUCUUCUCCAGUGCCUUUUCCGUUGGCUACACCCUUGCCCACUCUCGGGACCCCUGAGACUGGAUGGCAUGGCUCCCGCUUGUUUCCACUAUUGCAGAGCCUCCUUCCCGAGCUCCUAACUUCACAAGUCCUCACCCCUCCCCAUCUGGUUCCUUCCCCCUGGGCCCCUGGCCCCUCUUGUGUUGUUAUUGGUGCCCUGUAUCCAGGGGAAAUAGAAAAAAUAUGCUAGUAUUGUUUAUGGCAAAAAAAUUGGUAUAACCGUAGGGAUGCCUACCAGCCCUGCUUGUAUCAUUCAGAACUACUCAUUGAAAAAAUGGUGCUUGUUUUUCCUCACUCAACAAGAAGCCUGGAGCUAGGCAGCUGCUGCAUUGGUCCAGGGGCUCAACACUGUUCCAAGUGUUAUCUCUGGGACUCUCUGAGCCUCACAGCUACAAGAUGGCUGCCAUAGCUCCAGGCAUCACAUUCAUGUUCAAGGCUAGAGAGGACAAGGGAAGUGCCAGCUGCAAAUGACUCUUUAUCAAGAAAGCAAAAGAGUCUUUAGAACCUCUCACAAGACUUUUACAAAAUGUCCAAACAGUUUGAACUCAGUCAGACGGCCCUGCCUUGCUGCAGAGGAAGCUGGGGAGCUGGUAUUUGGCUUUCUC